UGCAAAUUUGGGUUUGAUACGAUCAUGAAGACCCCUCUGUCAUAGCAACCUUUAGGAUAAGUCUAUGGAUGCUAAUCAACAGAUAUAUUCCUUCGUAAUAAUAGUACUCACACUUGUUGAUGCAUCUACCAUAUCUACAAAUAAACAUGAUUCAAACGCAGAAGAUUUAAACAUCUUUGGGACAAAGGUCAGCGAUCCAAAAUCGAUCGGUCAAGUUAAGAGGGACACAAGUCUGAGCUAUGCAGCAACAAACAUUGAUUCCAAGGAAGGGACACGAGUAAAAACUAUAACUGUUAUUAAAAAUCACAGUGGGAAAAACAACGGGAAAUUAGUAAUUAAUCCAAAUUUGCAUAAAAAUGAGGAUUGGGCAAAUGCUUUUAGAGACAAUUUCGAUACCUAUGGCGGUAUACCAGACGUACCAGAUAUCGAUGAACUUUUUGAUUUUGUAAAAAAUAAACCGAAAGAUGAUAAAAAUGAGGAUAAGAAAGAAGUUUCCAAUUUAAAACCUAAGGACGUUACAAGAAAGGAAAACGCCAAGCCAACUACAGAGGCUUCAUCAGAGAUUGAGGCUACUACCACUCCAAUAGUGGUAAAGAUUAAAGGUGAUGCAGAGGUAAUACCAGGAUUAAAAAAGAAUCAAACAAAUGCACGUUCGCAAUCAUUGGGUAUGAAUAAAGAGUUAACGCGUGAGCCGUUAACUAAUCCAAAUUAUACCUCACCGGAUAAACCGAAGAAUAUUUAUUUUGAGAAAUACAUACAGGAUGUUUCGAGAGGUUACGAUUACCCCAAACCUUGUCCCCAAGGUGGAAAAGGUGUUGUUAGUAUUACAAACCCAUCUUCGGGACGUUCCUACGAUAUUCCAGUAUCAGAAGAUUCACCAGGCACGCCUUACAUCGCGCCCUCCAUCACUAAGAAAACCCAGGUGCCUGGUUCUCAACCGCAGAACAGCACACAAAACAUAGCCUCUACCUUUGUGCGGCCGAAUUUUUCCGUUAACUCCAUCUUACCUUCACUUCAACCAACGUCUCCGAAUCCAACAAGUCAGGAUCAAGGAGGGAGCUUUUACACCAGUCAACGGCCAUAUGUUGCACCCAAUCUACGGAGUGGCUUUAAUGCUAAUGGUGUCUCGACACCUCGAACAUUAUAUAGAAGUGAUAUUGGCACCUACCGAGGAAAUUCGUUUUUGGUAGGUGCAUAUAGGGCGAAUUUAGCCAGAUCACGUGGUUUAAAGUAUCGAUAAGACUAAAUUGUAUAAUAAAAAUGCAAAUGCCCUCAAAUUAGAUACAUAUGAAAUUAUCUCCAUAUCUUCCUUUGUAUAAGAAAUUUGCACAUAGAUGAAGCAUAUGCAUUUUUUGAAAUUGAAUACGCAAUCUAUAAAAAAACAUACGUUUAUUUUUCGUUUAAUAUUCAUUUACCUGUUUACAAAUCUAAGCUAUAUAUUAUUUCAUACACAUUCAACUAUGUUCAGCUUAAAGCAGUCUUCAAAAGAUAAGAGAAAUUAUCUAUUAUUACUACUCCAUUUUUAGAAAUUUUUUAGACAGUAAAAAAUAUAAAAAUAAAUAUAAAAAAUGUAAAUAUUAAACAUUUAGUUAGUUUAAGAAACGUUUAAUAAUGUAAAUAAAAGCUAAUAAGGCAACAGCAUCUCAGACCUUUUAUUUCAUAUUGCGGUUAUGAUAGCAUUUGAAUACAACUAUGUACACAUAUCAAAAUAAAAUUUACUAAUCUUUUAUAAGAGAUACCGUUAAUCGCCACUUCCAAUAUACAUCGAAAAUUAAUUGAGUUAUUUUCUGCCGAUAGGAGGCAAGAGAUUGUUUAAAAUGAAUAAGAGGUCUGAAUGAAACAUUGAAACAUUUGAGCCACGCUGGUAAACCAAAUUGUAACAUAAAGAAAAUAUUUUAAACAGUAUUCAAUAAAAAAAUUAAAACUUGCAA